AAGGGAAGCCAGGUGACGCGAGAUAGCGUUUACAGCACAUUCAAUGCCACUAAAUGCAAUAUUGUGGCGGUAGCAUGUGCCCCUGGUUUAUUUUGUACAUACGACUUUACUUUGGAGUACAGUGUCCCAAGUGGGCUAACAAGAUCUGUGGGCCCCAAAUAUCUCCUUGAUGUCCUCUCCCCCUCUCGCUGGCCAGUUUGGCUGCAUCUAUGAGCUCCCACCCGCAUACCACUGCGGCAGACAGCAGCCCUGUCAGCUCCCUGGAUUCUCCUGUUUCUGUUACAAGUUCAUCACUUGGCUCACCUGGUGGGCCAGCAACACCUUCAGCCAGCUGCGGACACAUCAGUCACCCUGAGAUACACUCUUCAGUGUCCAUCUCGGGGCUGCACACAGUGAGCAGCUCUGAUGAUGUCAAGCCACCGUUUGGCCUAAAGCUCUCAGGGCACAGCCCUGGGCCUAUGCUGUCGCAGAAACGCAUGUGUGCCAUCUGUGGAGACCGAUCUUCAGGCAAGCACUAUGGCGUGCACAGCUGUGAGGGAUGUAAGGGCUUCUUCAAGCGCACUGUGCGGAAGGACCUGAGCUACGUCUGCCGUGACAACAAGGACUGUGUGGUGGACAAGCGCCAGCGCAAUCGCUGCCAAUACUGCCGGUACCAGAAGUGCCUGGCCAGCGGCAUGAAAAGAGAAGCGGUGCAAGAGGAGAGGCAGCGCAGUAGGGAGAGGGAGGGCGAGCUAGAGUACAGCCGUGCUGUCAACGAGGAGAUGCCGGUGGAGCAGAUCUUGGAGGCCGAGAUGGCAGCCGAGCGUAUGACGGCCCACAGCGACGGCUCAGGUACCGGCUCGGGUGGCGAUCCGGUGACCAACAUCUGCCACGCUGCCGACAAGCAGCUGUACGCUCUGGUGGAGUGGGCCAAGAGGAUUCCUCACUUCCCCGACCUCCCCCUAGAUGACCAGGUCAUCCUGCUGCGCGCAGGAUGGAAUGAGCUUCUGAUUGCCUCCUUCUCUCAUCGCUCUGUUGGGGUGAAGGACGUGGUUCUGCUGGCUACUGAUCUGCACGUGUCGAGAGAGACUGCACACACCGCGGGGGUGGAGACCAUCUUUGACAGGGAGAGUGCCCACAGUGCUGAAGUGGGAGCCAUACUUGAUCGCGUGCUGACAGAAUUGGUCAGUAAGAUGAGAGAUAUGCAAAUGGACAAAACUGAGCUUGGGUGUCUCCGGGCAAUCGUCCUCUUUAACCCAGAUGCUAAAGGCCUGACCAGCACGAGCGAGGUGGAGCUGCUGAGGGAGCGGGUGUACGCAUCACUAGAGGCCUACUGCAAGCAGAAAUACCCUGAGCAACAGGGCAGGUUUGCGAAGCUCCUGCUGAGACUGCCUGCCCUGCGCUCCAUUGGCCUUAAGUGUCUGGAGUAUCUGUUCUUCUUUAAGCUCAUCGGGGACACCCCCAUUGAAACUUUCCUUCUGGAGAUGCUAGAGGCCCCCCAUCGGCUCACAUAAGAGGGAGGAGGCGGGAUGGAUGCGCUGGGGGCUUCUACAGGCCUGGACCCGUCUGUCCGAGCCUCUGGAAUUCACUGUGACUAUUUUCCCGGGGGAAUCGACUUUGUAAGACUCUUGGCUGGGGUUUGCUUUCCCCUUCUUUUUCUCUGUCUCUUUCUCCUCCCCUUUUCUCUUGAAUCUAUUUCUCUUUUCUCUUUUUCCCCCCUUUUCCUGUUCCUCCCAAAGCACACCCCAGUUCAGAGCCCCAGAUCUUGAUCCUAGGAUGUGCUGGUGCUAUAUUUUAAUUGUGAGUUGUUGAGUUGAAAUGCAUUUUUAAGCUGGGGGAAUCUGAAAGAUUCUCUCCUACCCACUAAUAUAAGCUCAAAUUUGGGUUUACAUUUUUAUAGAACCAUGUUGAAGAUGAUGAUGAUGAUGCUUUAAUCUUCUGUGAGUAAGCUCCUCUUUGUUUGGAGGGAGUGACACACACGUGUGUGUCUCUACAGAGGCUGGUGCUUUGCUCCUGUUGAGCUACACACACACGCAAACACUCACACACACACACACUCAUACACACACACACUCACGCACGCACAGACAUGUGCGCGCACACACACAAACACACACGCCCACCCACUCUCAAUCAAAGAGCUACUUGCACAGUCUCACAUAAUGUUCAUAGAAAAAACACAUACACCCAAACACACAAAACCACACCAUGCCUAACUGGCCUCUUUUGCCAAUUAAACUUGGCCAAUUGUUGUGCAACAAAUUACGCCUAAAGAAAAAAAAUAACGCUUAACUGUUGUCAUACACGAACCAUGAAACAAAUGAAACAAAAAAAGUUAACCAAUGUUGAAAAAAUUGAUCAUCUUGAACGUGGUGAUCAUGUGCAAUUUAAAUAGGAAACAUUUAAAAAAUGUUGAGCACAUGAGAGAAACCCCUAAGGGGACUUUUGGUGCUGGUCCUUACUGAGCACUUGCUAUGCAGACAGGGCCUGCGUUGUCGAAUGGCUCUGUGUGAUCUUGCGUGAGUCUGCGUCUUGCCUUUGUGUGAUUUUAAAAAGAAAAAACAAAAAAAAGAAGAAGAAGAAGAAAAAAAGUGAAACCCAGCCUAGAGGCAAGGGACAGAAAUAAGGGUAUCCGCAGCGGCCAAAGUAAGACGCAAGGUUUUUCAUGUACAGAGAGUGAAGGGCGGCUGGUGGCAGGUGGGGAGAACAGAUGCAUUGCGUGUUUAAAUGCUUUUGAUGUAAGUGUUGCUGGAGUGAUUGUACCUAAUGAUGCUUCUGCCUCUGCCUCUGCCACAUAGCAUUUAACCUGUUCUACUUUUACAAUGUGCACUCUCUUGUCAGACGACAUAUCACCUAACGCUGUAAGAUCGAAGAGAGACAAUGAUUCCUAAACUAUAAUGCACUUAUACAUUUUCAUCAAGUGACCAAAUAUGGUCAGAUUUUUUUUUCUUUUCUUCUUUUUUAACGUACUUUGGUGCUUUAUAAUAGACACUUGAUGUUACAUACCGUAGGCCUGCCCUGGGAAAACAAAAAUGAACUAAAACUUGACUUCAAAAAACAACUAAGACAACACAUUUUGAUGAAGCUGAAGAAUAGCAAUAUAUGUUUUUUUUUUUUCUCUCACCAUACUCUCCUUUGUCUUUGUAAAAGGGUGUGCAAGACCACAUCUUCUACGUUUGAAUGGGAUGUAGGCCUACUCCUGAUGUGUAAAAUUAACACAGGUAAUUUCCUAAAAAGUACUGUACAAAUAUUAUUGUUCAGGGACAAUAAAAAGAUAAAAUACGGAAAAAAUAUAGCCAACACAGAGAGGUUAGGAGUCACUUUUCUCAAAGCAUUUACAUUUGCUUUUAGUUGGUGUAGUCAUGUAAGAGAAAUGAGAUAUAGGAUGCCUUGCUGUGGAUCUCACCUUUCAGGUGCCCUCACGUGUUGGAUCAAAUCCAAAAUAUGAGUGUUACACUCAGAUUGCACAUGAACACCAGUCAGUGUUGGAAGAUCAUCUCGAAAGGUCAGGAUUUUUUUUCCUUGUUUUUUUUUUUUAUUCCUUUUUCUUUUUCUUUCUUUUUUUUUGGUGGGGGUCACGACAGAAGUCGUGGAAUUGUGAUGCACUAUCACCCCAAGCGAUUACUAUUUGUCAGAAACGUUGCUAGUGCAGGAAAGACAUAUAGAAACUCCUAGAAAAGGCCGGAAGGAAAGGAAAGACCUAAAAACUGCAGGAAAGACAUUAAACUCCUGUUAGAAGAGGCCAUUCUUGGGUUAGCAUGUUGUGCCAAUCUUUUCCUUGUAGUUGUUAGUACUUUCUUAAAAUGCUUUUACAGUUUCUCAUGCUAAUAGAUGUCGCAGUAGUAGUUGUUGCAAUCUGUUACAGUUCCAUUCUGUUCCUCCUGUGAUACAUUAAAGUACAAAUAUAUUAUGUUGAAAUAAUUGUGGAUACGAAAAGUCAGGCGACCAGAUGUUGAAGUGUUUUUAAGAUGCACACAAAACACAAAAACUCACAGUGGACUUUCAUGUGUACUGUAAAUGUAGACCAACCUAUUGUGCAUAGGUCUUUUACUGCCUAGAAAACCCAAACAGAUAUGUAAUCAUUUGAGAAAUACAAACAUUGGACCUUUUAUCAUUUAUUUGUACUCCAUGUUCGACUCCUCCGUGAACCAGAGCUUAAAUACCAGUGCAAUUAUCGGGUCGACAUGGAAACCAACUUGAAUAUGAAUCUGAUCAGCACGUGAGCGCAUCUUUUGCUUUCUCCUCCUCCUCUUGAUUCCUGCCUCAGUCCCUUCCCUUCCUCUGACUCUUCCUGUUAUUUUAACCAUGCUGGACACUCAUCAUGAUUUGUAAUGAUAUUUUAGCCUGUCCUCGUGUUGGCUUCAGUUUUAGACUUACUCAAUAUUUGCUGUUGCAUCCUGCUUUUGUCUUUUGCUUUCAGCUCAUGGGAUGACAAUUACAACUACAUAACAAUUAUAUUACAUUGCAAAUAUAAGUUCCUGUUUUUGGCAAACAAGUAUUAAACAUACCGGAUUUUGUCUGAA